AUGGCCAGCUCAUCUCCCAUCCAGCAAUGGACACCCUACCUGGACAUCCGCGGCGGCCUGCUCGAGGGCCCCUUCUACACGCCGGAGCGCAAUGAGCUUCGCUUCGUCGAUCUCGACUAUGAAAAGGUCUACUUUCUGGAUCUGGAGCAGGGCCCUGUUUCGCUGCGGGCGGUGCACACGGAGUCGCCUAUUGGGUUACAUGCUAAGAGAAACAGCGUCACGGCGGAUAUGAUCGACGACUCGGGGAAUAAUGUGCAGAUUGUGGUGGCGGCAAAACAUGGCUUUGCGACCCUGGACCGCCAAUCCGGCGCCCUGAGCUAUAUCCAUCGCACGCACACGUCGGAGCGAGAUUCUUACCGGAUGAGGUUCAACGACGGCGCGGUCGACAACCAAGGCCGUUUCUGGGCCGGCUCCAGCAUCGACCACAAAUACGUGCAGGGCCAGCACGAGGGCGUCCUGUACCGCCUCGACCGGGACAUGAGCGUUCACGCCAUGGUCCGACACAUGACGACGCCCAACGGCAUGGGGUGGAACGACGCCGACGACACCAUGUACAUCACGGACUCGCCGCACGGCAAGAUAUACGCGUACGACUUUGACGCGCGCUCCGGCGCGAUUUCGAACCGACGCGAUUUCCGGACUUGGGGUCAGGACGAGGGCGAGCCCGACGGCUUCGCCAUGGAUGUCGAGGGGUGUCUGUGGGUGGCGAUGUGGAGGGCUGGCUGCGUCGUGCGAGUCAAUCCGCACGGCGAGAUUGUCGGCAAGAUCUCCUUGCCCACGCGCUUUGUUACCUGUCCGGAGUUCGUGGGCAGCGAGCUGUUUGUCACGACCGCCAUGGAGCAGCAGCCAUACGAGUUUCCGGAGUCGGCGCGAUGGGGAGGAAAAGUGUAUCGCGUCGACGUUGGCGUGCAGGGGAAGCCACGGAAUGCCUUUCGACGUAGUAUUUAG